AUGACGAAAAAUGGCAGUAACACCACUACAUAUGGCACCGAGGACAAGUUAUCGGGCAAUGAAGCUAACGAGACACUCGAUUUGGAUGACUUGCUGCCUAAAAUCGGAGAAUUUGGCCUGUAUCAGAAACUGCUAUUAUGGCUCGUCUGUCUACCGGCCUGCCUACCAUGCGGUUUCUGUGCAUUUAAUCAGUUGUUCAUGACAGACGUCCCCGACUAUUGGUGCAGGGUUCCCGAACUGGAACUACUCAACCUAACACAGGAACAGCGCAAGCUGUUGUCGAUUCCGCGAAAGUUUGAUCUAGUCUGCGAAUACGAUGUCUAUCCCACUCUAGGUUUGGUAGCCUUAAAUAUUGGCGGACCAAUAGGAGUGUAUGCAUUUGGACUUUUGAAUGACCGAAUAGGACGCAAAAAAUCUUUUUUCCUUUGUCUCAGCACACUGCUCCUUGGAAGCCUUAUGACUGCAUAUGCUCAUGAAUUUUGGUUUUGGAUAAUGGCUCGAGUUAUCGUAGGACUCACUAUUCCCGCCGUUUAUCAGAUACCUUUUAUAAUCUAUGCUCGAACGGAAACCUUAAUCCUCUAUUUAAUAUCCAAAUGUUUUAUAUCUGCGUCCUUCUUGCUAAUAUAUCCUUAUGCUGGUGAAUUGUACCCAACGGAAUUGAGAGGCGUCGGUAUUGGAACUUCGGCAUACAUUGGCGGCUUGGGUUUGAUAAUAAUACCUUUUAUAAACUACUUGGGUUCAAGUAAUUUAGUAUUGCCACUAGUUGUGAUGGGUGCUGUCUCAGUGGUUGGAGGUUUGAGCGCGCUUCGAUUACCUGAAACCUUACAUACCUCAUUGCCUCAAACGGCAGAAGAAGGAGAAGAAUUUGGUAAAGAUUGGACUUACGCGGACUGUUUGGCAUGUGGAGACCAAAGAAAAAUAACUGAUGCUGAUUCAUAUGAGAAUCUAGAUCAGCUAGAACUGACUCAGGCGCCCUUAGUUGAAGACGUGGUGCCAGAAAUCCCAGAAAUAAGGCGCAGUUCAAUGCGGAAACUCGUGAGGCAAGCCAGCAUCGUUGAAACACAGCGUGACAUCGAUGGAAAUAUAAAAAUGACAUACUGGUUUUAA